AUAUUUGGCUAAGGAUUUUUGUGUCUGCAGUCAUGGGAGAUAUUGGUGUGCAGUUUUUCUCAUAUCUUUUAUCUCGUAUCAAAUUUUAAAAUCAGAGUUAUACUGGCUGUAUACAAUGAUUUUGAAAGAUUUUAUUUUUUGCAAGAUUUUAUAUGAGACUGAUGUUAUUACUUCUUUGCAUGUUUGACAAAAUUUACCAGUGCCUGGAGUUUUCUUGGUACUUGGUGGGAAGGUAUUUGACAACAAAUUCAGUUUCUACAAUAGCUAAAGGACUGUUCAGAUUUUUUUUUCAGUUUGUGUCAAUUUUGGUAAGUCGUAUUUUUUAUUUGUCCAGUUAGUAUAAUUUUUUAUAUGUAUUGGCAUGAAGUUGGUCAUCAUAACAAUCUUGUAUUGUUAUUUUAAUAUCUAUAGGGUCUGUAACAAUAGCUUUCAUAGCUGUUAUUUGUGAUGUUUGUUUUCUCCUUGAUCUAGGUUUUUAAAGUAAAAAAUAUAUAUAUUUACAGAUAACUAACUUUAUUUUGUUUUCCUUUAUUGUUUGCCUGUUACGUGUUUUCAUUAGUUUCAAUUCACAAUUAUUAUUUUCUGCUGUAUUUGUUUUCUAUUGCUGCCAUAAAAAAUUACCACAAACUUAGUGGCUUAAAACAACACAUAUUUAUUCUCUCAUAAUUCUGUGCUCCGACACAGGUCUCACUGGGCUAAAAUCAAGGUGUUGGCAGAGGUGUGUUCCUUUCUGGAGGCUCUAGGGGACAGUCCCUUUCCUUGCCUUUCUGGCUUCUAGAGGCUGCCUGCAUGUCUUGAUUUGUGACCUCCUUCCUCUUCCGUGUCAGCAACUCUGCAUCUCUCUGAGUCUUCUUGCAUGAUCACAUUUUCUCCCUGACUCAGCUGAGAAAAUGUCUCUACUUUUAAGAACUCAUGUGAUUAGACUGGGCCCAACCAGAUGAUCCAGGAUAAUCUCCCCAGCUCAAGGUAGGUGGGAUCCACAACAAAAGUCAGUCCUUCGACAUAUCACCACUUCCAGGUAUGAGGCUCUAAGAUGCUGUAAGUGUGAACAUUUGGUGCCUAUGGAUCUGUUCUGAACCUUAGAGCCUGCUUAUGGGGGAAGGUGACACUGUCUGGGCCCCAUCCAUCCUUCCUCACGACUUCCUUGGCGUCUUAAGCCAGCACCCACAGCCGCACUUCGGGAGAAGGAUGGAGUCCAAGGUCUCAGAAGGUGGCCUGAAUGUGACGCUGACUAUCCGCCUGCUGAUGCAUGGGAAGGAAGUCGGAAGCAUCAUCGGGAAGAAGGGGGAGACUGUGAAGAAGAUGCGAGAAGAGAGUGGUGCAAGAAUCAACAUCUCGGAGGGAAACUGCCCGGAGAGAAUCGUGACCAUCACUGGCCCGACAGACGCCAUCUUCAAGGCCUUCGCCAUGAUCGCGUACAAGUUUGAGGAGGACAUCAUCAACUCCAUGAGCAAUAGCCCUGCCACCAGCAAGCCCCCGGUUACCCUGAGGCUGGUGGUCCCCGCCAGCCAGUGCGGCUCACUCAUCGGCAAAGGCGGUUCCAAGAUCAAGGAGAUCAGGGAGUCCACAGGUGCUCAGGUGCAGGUGGCAGGGGACAUGCUGCCCAAUUCCACCGAGCGGGCGGUGACCAUCUCAGGGACGCCAGACGCCAUCAUCCAGUGCGUCAAGCAGAUCUGUGUGGUGAUGCUGGAGUCCCCACCGAAAGGUGCCACCAUCCCCUACCGCCCAAAGCCCGCCUCCACCCCUGUCAUUUUUGCAGGUGGUCAGGUAAGAGCCGACCCGCUCGCGGCCUCCACGGCCAACCUCAGCCUUUUACUGCAGCACCAGCCGCUGCCCGCCUACACCAUCCAGGGACAGUACGCCAUCCCACACCCAGAUCAGUUGACCAAGCUCCACCAGUUGGCCAUGCAGCAAACCCCCUUUCCUCCCCUCGGACAGACCAACCCCGCUUUCCCCGGAGAAAAGCUGCCUUUACACUCCUCCGAAGAAGCUCAAAAUCUGAUGGGCCAGUCGUCAGGUCUGGAUGCCAGUCCCCCAGCCAGCACCCACGAGCUCACCAUUCCCAAUGAUCUAAUAGGCUGCAUAAUUGGACGCCAGGGGACCAAAAUCAAUGAAAUUCGACAGAUGUCAGGAGCACAGAUCAAAAUCGCCAAUGCCACUGAAGGGUCAUCGGAGCGCCAAAUCACCAUCACCGGAAGCCCGGCCAACAUCAGCCUUGCCCAGUAUCUCAUCAAUGCCAGGCUCACAUCCGAGGUCACUGGAAUGGGCGCGCUCUAA